AUGGAUCAGUACUUUCAGAUAUCUGAUAGAACAAGGACGCUUGAGCAUCAGUAUAUGGGCGUUCUUGCAAGGAAGUUGAAGAUGGAGGUUUUGCUGGUUGAGGAGGAUUAUCAGGAGCUGGAGCGAAGAUAUGCAGAGCUGGAAGGAGCAAUGAGCUACAUGAAAGAAGAGCAUAUGGAGGAAGUUGGCAGGCAGAACGAGGAGAUAGGGCGGCUUUGCCAUGAAAGAGAUCUGAUGAGAGUGAAGGCUGAGGAGAUGGAUGAAAGAAACAGAUGUCUGAUGGAGAAGCUGAAAGAGGCGUUGGAGAGGAAGAGAGCUGAUGAGUUGAGGCUGAUGGGUGAGAUAAAUAAGAUGAAUGAGGUUGUGAGGGAAACAGAAACGAGGAUCAAGGAAGAUGAGAGCAAUGAGAAUGUGAAUAAUGCCAUGUGGACAAGCGGAAUGAAGAGGAUGGAUGAGAUAUAUGAGGUGGUUAAGGCAGCAGAAAGCAAGCUUUGUGAAAUGCUUAGCAAUAUGCAAACUGAAUGUGACAAGCAUAAGAGCAGCAUUGAAAAGAUGAAUGCGGAGAUGAAUGAGAUGCGAGCUAAGCAUGCAGCAGGAAUGAAAGAAAACGAGAUAAUUAAAGAGAGCAAGAUGCAGGCUGAAGAAGAGUUGAAGCGAGUGAGGCAUGAAAACGAGGUGCUGAAUGGCAAGAACCUGAAGCUGAUGGAAGACAGUGAUGCGCUUUGCCGUGUAACAAGAUCGCUUGAAGAGAAGGAUGAGAUAAUAUGCGCACUGAAGGAAAACAUGAAGCAGAAGUCUGAAGUGAUAGAGAUGCAAAAGAGGAUGAUUGAGAGCGGGGCGCAGAAGUCAGUGGUGUCUAGAGAUGUGAUUUGUAAUGUAUUUGAUGAUAUUAUUGAGGCUGAGGAGAGUGGGAAUGAUCUGAUGCUGGAUGAAGGAUGUGCUGAUAUAGAUGAACUGGGUAUUGACAGACAGAUAAGUGGAGUAGGGGUGUAUGGAUUAAAUGCAAAUGUAACAAGUGCAAAGAAAGAUGUGGGAGUAAUUACUAGAAAGCAGCCAGCAAAAAAAUCUGGAAGUCUAGGUGCUGCAAAACGAUCCCGGAUGUGCAAAAGCAAGGAUGCAUUGAAGGCCCAGCCAAAGGUGGUGUUGCAAAAAAACAAUAAUGUUAAAGAAACUAAGGCAAAUGAUGGAGCAAGCAUGCCUACUAUAAAGAAAUCGCCUGUGAAGAGAUUGCUUGCAUCGGGAGGUCUUGUGAUGCCUGAGAAUUCUUCAUACUUUGCAGAUUUGACAUUUAACAACUCAAGCCCAGUCAUAAAGAAAGACAUGUCGAGAUUGCCAAAGAAGAAGUGA